GAAGAUUUUUUUAAUAGAGAAACAUGUAAUUAUAACAUUCAAUAAUAUAAAAAGGAAUGAAAUGCUGAUUCCAACAUUUAUUUUCAUUUUAGUGUUUGAUUAUGUUUUUUAAAAUGGAAAUACUCAUUUUUUGGAAUGCUCAAUCCUACUAAAAAUGAAAAUAGGGAUUCCAUUUUAUGAUCGUAGGAAAUGUGAUUCUAUCCUUAAAGCUGGAGUCGCCUCCAAGUCCCUCCCGACUCUCCCCGAGACUCCGCUCGCUCUCUCUCUCAACACUCUUCCAUCCCUCUCUCCUCUCUUUUGCGGGGAUGAGCUUCUAGGAAAUCUGGGUGCUGCAAGUCGUGUGUGCUGAUUUACAGGGCCUAUUUUGCAUUCUUGGAGGUUCUAUUCAACAGCCUUAUCGUUUUUAUAUUGAAUCUGGAUACCAACACCUUUAUGCAUAUAGUUGGAUCUCUUGAAUCUGGUCUUAAAGGCUUGGACACAAAUAUCUCAUCACAGGUUGGCAUCCUCUUAUUUCAACAUUACUUUGGGGGAGGCACCAACUUCACCAACUGCUAUUAAUCUAGCUUGAGACAUUGUGGACUGCCCCAAUUUGUUUCUUGAAAGUGGGAGAAGCAGGGAAGAGAGCAAAGCUCUGAGAAGCGGACAAGAACAACACGAAGACGAUAGAAAACUUGUUGGCGACAAGUGUUUGUAUAAUGGCAUUCAUGCUUAAAGGCCCAACCAGUGUAUUUAAACAAAAAGACAACAUUUCAUUACCUGAGGCUUGGAGAUGGAACAAAUGCUGUUUUAAGAAGCGAAGAUCCAUAAUGCCGGUGGCGUCCGUUUCACAAUUUCAACACAUUGAGAAACAUUCAACAGCGUCACAAAGUGUCGGGCUUCCUAUCAUGGUGAAUGGAUGUACUGGCAAAAUGGGUAAGGCAGUUAUAGAAGCUGCAAUUUCUGCGGGGCUUCAUCCUGUUCCUGUGUCAUUUAGUUGUGCAGAGGACUCAGGUAAAAUUGUCCAAGUAGGUGGGAAAGAGAUUCAAGUCCAUGGCCAUUCUGAAAGAGAGAGCAUUCUUGCAUCCCUUUUAAGGGAAUAUCCAAAUUUGAUUGCAGUAGACUACACUGUGCCUGCUGCUGUAAAUGAUAAUGCAGAGCUAUAUUGCAAAGUUGGUGUACCCUUUGUAAUGGGAACUACUGGUGGAGACAGGGAAAAGCUGUAUAAAACUGUAGAAGAAUCCAAAGUUUAUGCUGUGAUCUCUCCCCAAAUGGGAAAACAGGUUGUAGCAUUUCUAGCAGCAAUGGAAAUUAUGGCUGAUCAAUUUCCAGGGGCCUUCUCAGGCUAUUCCCUUAUGGUGAAAGAGUCUCAUCAAGCAAGCAAGUUGGACAUAUCUGGAACUGCCAAGGCUGUCAUCUCUUGCUUUCACAAACUGGGAGUCUCCUUUGAAUUGGAUCAGGUGCAACAAAUUCGGGAUCCCAAAGAACAAGUUGAGAUUGUGGGUGUUCCCGAAAAGCACCUCUCUGGCCAUGCUUUUCAUUUAUAUCAUCUGAUUUCACCUGACAAAACAGUUACUUUUGAAUUCCAGCAUAAUGUUUGUGGUAGAUCAAUAUACGCUGAGGGUACUGUCGAUGCUGUACUUUUUCUUGCAAAGAAGGUUGGCUCAAAGGCCGACAAGCGGAUCUACAAUAUGAUUGACGUCUUGCGCGAAGGCAACAUGAGAUAAAAUUUUGUUUUGGGUGCAGAGUUUUUGUUGUAUUAUGUUUUAUUAUUUAGCCUACUAAAUUUUAAAAUUUUUCCGAGAAAGAAAUUUUACCUACUCUACCCUAUCCAUCCCCAAGAAAAAAAGGAACAUAUAUCAUGAACAAUUUCUGCAUUUUAAUUAUCAUCUCCGGUACUAAUUGUUUUGUUGGGGUUGAGGUGACUCACUACUCCCUCAA